AAGUCUCAGCGCAGACGGAGAUCUGUGACAUUCAGCAGGACUGGAAGCCUUCGUUCCUCAGUAAUGAAGAAUUCACCCAGCUGAUGUUGGAGGCAUUAGAUGGCUUCAUUAUUGCAGUGACCACAGACGGCAGCAUCAUCUAUGUUUCUGACAGUAUCACGCCUCUCCUUGGGCAUUUACCGUCGGAUGUCAUGGAUCAGAAUUUGUUAAAUUUCCUUCCAGAACAAGAACAUUCAGAAGUUUAUAAAAUGCUUUCUUCCCAUAUGCUUGUGACGGAUUCCCCCUCCCCAGAAUACUUAAAAUCUGACAACGAUUUAGAGUUUUAUUGCCAUCUUCUCAGAGGCAGCUUGAACCCAAAGGAAUUUCCAACUUAUGAAUACAUAAAAUUUGUAGGAAACUUUCGCUCUUACAACAAUGUGCCUAGCCCCUCCUGUAAUGGCUUUGACAAUGCCCUUUCAAGACCUUGCCGGAUGCCACUAGGAAAGGAGGUCUGCUUCAUCGCCACCGUUCGUCUGGCGACCCCACAAUUCUUGAAGGAAAUGUGCAUAGUUGACGAACCUUUAGAGGAAUUCACUUCAAGGCACAGCUUGGAAUGGAAAUUUUUAUUUCUGGAUCACAGGGCCCCUCCAAUCAUAGGAUACCUGCCUUUUGAAGUGCUGGGAACCUCGGGCUACGACUACUACCACAUCGAUGACCUGGAGCUCCUGGCCAGGUGCCACCAGCACCGUGAGUACCAUCUGCCCAGCUCCAGCACAGGGGCCUCGAGCUCACUCCAUGGGGGCCUGGACAGCGGGGCUCUGCGCCUCUGGAAUUCUGCUUGUUACCUGUUUUUUUCCUGA